ACGGAAUAUAUGAUUAUGAUGGAUCGACAUUAUUUAGGAAAAAAGUUGGAGGAAUAAGCAAGAAUAGUAGGAGCAAACGAGGGAAAUAGUUUCCGAAACCAAUUUUCAAUUUUCAGUAGUCAAAAUAUUUGCAUAUUCCCGCUCUUUAUCCUUUCUCCUUCUGCCCCUCUACUACGCUUUUCUAAAUUCCCCUUUCCGUCGUAUAAUCCCACACAUUUCUACUGUAAAAACCCUUUAUUUUGUGCACAAAUUUCAAACUAUUUGUAUUGCAACCAUUUAUUCUAUCGGAAAAUCCUGACCCGACCAAGUUUGACGAAAAACCACUAUUUGUUGCAAACAAUUUGAUGAAGUACAUCAGGUGCAGCUGAUGCAGCAAUCAAUUUAAGUUUAUAAUUUGAGGUGUAGCAUCUUGGAUGGAGAUAUUAAUUUAUAUAGAAGCAGAAGCUUAUAAAUUAUGAGCGACAAAAAUUUAUUUGCGGGAAAGGAAUUGAAGAAGAAGCUUCCUAAAGUUAAUUGGGCAGAGCAUCUGAAAUCACAUAAUAAUUUUGCUACGCAAAAUAAGUUCCUUACCUCAAAUUUUCUUUAUUCAUUACCGACCCAAAAACCGCCUAGUGAAGGGAGGAUGAUGAGCUUUCAGAUUCAAAGUAUUGACAAAUCACUGGUGGAACAGGCAUGGAAAGCUCUUUCAAGCCUUCAACUAUAUCGCAGAAACUAUGUCAGGCCUGGGCAAACCGUUCAGCCAGUGAAGAAUAUAAGUGCCUCUCAUAUUGGUGGAAGAAGUGUGGUGCCAGAGAGUUUACAUGAUAGCAGUGUGAAGCUUUCUGUGAAUCCACAACAUAAUCAAAUUAGUUUAAGCAACAAUAAGGUGCAUGAUCCCACAAGGUAUUAUGUUGCCCCAGCUCCAAUGUGUCAGGCUGUUGAAGUUGGGAAAAAUAUUAGCCAAAAUCAAAGUGAUGCGACGGUUGUGCGCAACUAUCAUACAACAGUUUCCGAAGGCUCAUGGCAUCUUAAUGCCAAGUCCACAAGUGAUGGAAAAGGGUCAGAUGAGGCAAUUAUUGAUGCCAUGAAUGAUGAUGAAAUACUCGAGAAUAUUGAUGUUGACCAAAUAAUCAUGGAGCACUAUCAGUCAAAUAGUCAGCCUAAACCUGGUACUGCAAGAAAUGAUGAAGCACCUUUGCCUCCAGAAUUGUCUUGUAAUUGCAGUCACGGAUGUAAGCUGGGUCUCUGUCCAGAUGGGGCCAAUCAUCUGCAAGAGAUGAAAGACAUGUUAAUUGUCAUAUCAAAUGAAUUGCUUGACAAUUUAGAUUUAACUUCUGAGAGGAUGGAAAAGCUUCGCCAGGACAGGUUGCAGCUAAAUAAGCAAAUUCAGUUGUUGGAGACUCAAAUCCGCAAUUCCACUAUUAAUGUUGAGAGACAUAAUUCACAUCUUUCUGCAUCUUCAGUAAAUGUAAAUAGUUUUUACCAUGAAACGCCUCAGGCCACCUUUCGGUCAAUGAAUGGAUAUGAUACACCUCAGGCAACCUUUCGGUCAAUGAAUGGAUAUGAUACACCUCAGGCAAACUUUAAUUCGAUGAAUGGAUACAGUACACCUCACACAAACUUUAAUCUGAUGUAUGGUUGCGAUACACCUCAAGCUAACUUUAAGCCAAUGAAUGGAUAUGAUACACCUCAUGCAUCUGGCUUUGUGAAUAUUCCAAUGAGAUUAGACAACCAGUUCAGCAACGUUGAUGAGUCAAGUGGCUAUAAUGGUUGUAACUUAUCAUCUAUUUCAUUCUCUGUUACCGGGAGGAGUGAUUUUUUAUCAGCUCCUAUGGAGAGAGAGUCAUAUAAACCAAGGGUUGCUGAUGUUAAUUACAUUGAAGGUUCAAAUGACAUGAAAUGGAGUAGCAGAGAUUUUCCUUGGACCAGGAAGUUAGAGAUUGAAAACAAAAAGGUGUUUGGUAACCAUUCAUUUCGACCGAACCAAAGGGAAGUUAUUAAUGCAACUAUGAGUGGUCACGAUGUUUUUGUGCUAAUGCCUACUGGGGGAGGAAAAAGUCUGACAUAUCAGCUUCCAGCAUUGAUCUGUCCAGGAGUAACUCUAGUAGUAUCGCCACUUGUUUCUCUCAUCCAAGACCAGAUUAUGCAUCUUUUGCAGGCAAAUAUACCAGCUGCUUACUUAAGUGCCAACAUGGAAUGGGGCGAUCAACAAGAUAUUCUCAGAGAACUUUGUUCAGAGAAUUGCAAAUACAAGCUUUUAUAUGUUACGCCAGAAAAAAUUGCCAAAAGUGACUAUUUCCUGCGGCAUUUGGAGAAGCUAUAUUCUCUUGAUUUGCUUGCCAGGGUUGUUAUUGACGAAGCUCAUUGUGUCAGUCAAUGGGGACAUGAUUUCAGGCCUGAUUAUCAGGGUCUUGGCAUCUUGAAACAGAAGUUUCCAACCACUCCAGUGCUGGCUUUGACUGCUACUGCAACAGCUGUUGUCAAGGAAGAUGUUGUGCAAGCGCUUGGUCUAGCUAAUUGCAUAAUUUUCCGUCAAAGUUUUAACCGUCCAAAUUUGUCGUAUUCAGUUAUCCCCAAAACUAAAAAGUGUGUGGAGGAAAUUGACAGUUUUAUUAGAGAAAAUCAUAAUGAUGAAUGUGGUAUCAUUUAUUGCCUUUCGAGAAUGGAUUGUGAAAAGGUUGCUGAACAGCUACAGGUGUAUGGGCAUAAAGCAGCUUUUUACCAUGCCAGUAUGGAAGCUGCUCAACGUGCUUAUGUUCAGAAUCAAUGGAGCAGAGAUGAAAUUAAUAUAAUAUGUGCAACUGUGGCUUUUGGAAUGGGCAUCAACAAACCAGAUGUUCGAUUUGUGAUUCAUCAUUCCAUCCCAAAAUCUAUUGAAGGCUAUCAUCAGGAAUGUGGUCGUUCGGGUAGAGAUGGUCAACGUUCGUCUUGUUUGCUGUUCUACAGUUACAGUGACUAUAUUCGUGUCAAGCACAUGUUAAGCCAAGGGACUAUUGAGCAGAGCCCAUUCACUUCUACACAUAAUCGUAUGAAUUCGACAAAUUCUGGGGGGAUUAUUGAAACUAACAUGGAGAAUCUUCUACGCAUGGUUAGCUAUUGUGAAAACGAAGUUGAUUGUAGACGUCUUCUUCAGCUAGCUCAUUUUGGAGAAAACUUUGAUCCUUCAGACUGUAAAAAAACGUGUGACAAUUGCUCUAAGAUGAGAAAUUCUAUUGAGAAGGAUGUGACCCAAGUGGCUAUGCAAUUGGUGGAGCUGGUGAAGUCAACAAAGCAACAAUUCUCCUCAGCUCAUAUCUUGGAAGUUUUCAAGGGCUCUUUAAGCCAAUAUGUAAAGAAGCACAAGCAUAAUACUCUCAAACUUCACGGAGCUGGAAAAAAUUUGGCAAAGGGUGAAGCAUCUCGUGUUCUCCGUCACCUCGUUGUUGAGAACAUUCUUUAUGAAGAGGUCAAAAAAAGUGAUCUCUAUGGAUCUGUCUCAUCAGUUCUGAAGGUCAAUGAAUGCAAGUACAGAAAUCUUUGUGGCAAUGGAAAGAUAAUUUUGAGAUUCCCUUCGACCACCAAAGCUUCAGCGUUAAAAUUAACUAAAGCUGAGGCAACUCCGGGAAAGUCCAUGUUCUGUACUGGGAAAGCAAGCCCUCCAGAAAGCCACUUUUUAAAAUCUGAAUCAGAAGCUGACUUGGAUUUUUCAGCCAAAUUAUUUAAUGAGCUCAAAAAGCUAAGAACUGUCCUCAUGAAAGAAAGUGGGGAAAGGGUCAUGGCAUAUCACAUAUUUGGGAAUACGACGUUGAUUCUGAUCAGCAAGAGGGUACCUCGAACUAAAGAGGAAUUACUAGAAAUAAAUGGCGUUGGCAACAUAAAGGUAAACAAGUAUGGUGAUCGCGUGUUGGAAACUAUUGAAGCUUUCAUCAAGCAGUACAAGAAGACGGAUAAGAACAAAAGCAGUAGUAGUCACAGUUCAGAUUCAAUAAAAAGGAGAAGAGAGGCAGCUGAGGUUUCAAAUCGAACCUCUAAUGACUAUGAAGACUUCACAGAAAGCACAGCGAGAUCUAAAAAACGAGCCGUCAAAUCCAAAAAAACUUCUGAAAUCAAACCCGUAGAGAUUGAUGAGUUCAAUGAAUGUAUGGACGAUGAUCUUGAUUUUGAUGUCUCAGUUUUUGAGUAUCAGGCUGGGUCGCUGCCAAAAAAGGAAACAAAUGCCAACGGAAGAAAGCUGCCAACAUGGUCGCAACAUGGGAAACAGUAAGCUUAGCUAAAAAUGUAAUCUUCCUUCAAUUUGUUCUCACAAAUGUGUUUUAUGUGUACAUAGAUUUGAUUUAGCCUUGAAACUUCCAUCUAAUAUAACGUGAUGACUGAUGACUGAUCAGAAAAAUCAGGUGAUCAGUUAUCGCCAUUUUGUAGUUGCUACAUGGUCGGUAAUGAGGUUCUGCCGGUGCCUGUUGUAUUUAUUUUGUGAAUAGUUGUGAUUUGAUCACCCAUUGACUAAUUCGUUGGUUGGAAAUUAGUUAUAAAAAAUUUUAUAGUUUGGAAUUUUAAUUUUGAACCUAGCGACCAAUUUGUGAUCAACCUUGGUCGGAAAAAAGCAACCAUAUCGGAAUUUAGUCGCAAAUUGGUCGGGAGUUAUUGACUAAAAUUUGGUGGUGGCUGAUUGGUUUGUAAUAUCAACCAGCCGAGAAUAGGUGGUGCAUGGUCUAACGUUACCGUAACCGUAUG